ACUCUCAGGUAUAGACAGAUGGACAGACACUCUGACUAACUGAGGGACUCUGGUUCAUGUUUAAUGGUGGAUAUGAGUGAAGGUGUAUGAAGCUGAUUGUGUCUUUGUCUCUUCCUCCAGGAUGGACCAUGGUGGACUGCAGAGACUGAAACCUGGUCUGAGGAAGUAUGCCUGUGAACUGGAACUGGAUCCAAACUCAAUGAACAGAAGACUCAAACUGUCUGAUAACAACAGGAAGGUGACACGUGUGGAGGAGGUUCAGUCAUAUCCUGAUCAUCCAGACAGAUUUGACUCCUGGUCUCAGCUGCUGUGUAGAAAUGAUCUGACUGGUCGCUGUUACUGGGAGGUCGAGUGGAGAGGAAGAGUUUAUAUAUCAGUGAGUUCCAGAAGAAUCAGAAGGAAAGGAGACAUUGCUGACUGUGUGUUUGGGUAUAAUGAUAAGUCCUGGAGUCUGGAGUGCUCUGCAGGUCGUUACUUUGUCUGGCACAAUAACAAAGAAACACCCAUCUCCAUCUCCUCCUCCUCCUCCUCCUCCUCCUCCUCCUCCUCUGUCUCUAACAGAGUAGCAGUGUAUGUGGACUGUUCUGCUGGCACUCUGUCCUUCUACAGAGUUUCUUCUGACACACUGAUCCACCUCCACACCUUCAACACCACAUUCACUGAACCUCUGUUUGCUGGGUUUGUGGUCUGGUCUGGUUCAGUCUCUCUGGUUCCUCUGUAGGAGGGAGAGUCUCUCUGGUUCCUCUGUAGGAGAGAGAGUCUCUCUGUGUCCUCUGUAGGAGGGAGAGUCUCUCUGGUUCCUCUGUAGGAGGGAGAGUCUCUCUGGUUCCUCUGUAGGAGGGAGAGUCUCUCCUGUGGACAGAAACUCUGCUGACUGAAGAUCAGCUGCUGAAAUCAAACAUCACACACUGUGCACUGUGAAGCAGAUCUGUCUCAGACUCAAACACUCAGUUAUUUUUCCUUCUACAUGAUUCAUUGAUUAGUGUCAGUUGACUCUGCUGUUGUUACUGUCAGGAUCCAAUGAGCAGCAUGCAGCUCUAUUCAUGUUUCAAUCUAAUAACAUCUGUCCAGCUGUGGAAGCCCACAGUGUUUUUGUGCUUCUCACAUGUAUUUGAUCUGAUCAUCAUCAAUAAAAACUAUUCAUGA